AUGUUUGUGGACAACCUUAUACCCAAGUGGACUUCAACCAAUUCCCUCUCAGCUUCUCUUCGUGUUCAAAAAAUCCUCUAUCAACUUUCCCCAACUUGCAUUUGUCCAAAUUUUGCUGGAAUGGUUCAAGAACUGGAACACUAUAAACUAAAUUCAACUCCUGUUGAAAGCUGUGAUGGACGACCACGGAAUCUCAUUGCUCUUGCUCUGAAGACUUCUAGAUCGCUAUCGUUCGAUAGUAAACUUCCUCUUCUCCCAGGAAGACCGAAAGUUCAUAUUCGGAAAGCAUAUCGUCCUAGGUUAAUGUCUGAUGAUCUGGCCAAAGUGGAAAAACUCAAUGAUAUCGAAGUCCUCUUCCGGAGUCACCAGAGAGUUUGUCGAUCAAACCCUCGAAAGUCAUUCGCUUCUCGUAAACCAUCCUCAGAGAUUAGAAACAGUCUUCAAUAUCGGAGUCUUGCAGAAGGUUCUGUAAAAUUGGCCAUGUCUUGCUGGUCUGCAGGUCGUCAAAAUAUUCCCAAAAUACGCAUUCAUCCUGACGAUCCUGAUGACUUUACUUAUUGUGUUAUGAGAAGCAACAGUCUAAACUGUCUGGACUCGGGCACAUUAACCGAUUCAAAGAUGCGCGCAUUAUCACAUGAACUGCUUGCCAUUCCUCCUUCAACAACCGCAAAUGGAAUUUCCUAUUCCUCUGCAGAAUUCGACGAACUACGAACAUCAGUCUAUUCCACCCAUGGAAGUGCAAGAAGUGGAAGUUUUUCCACCAUGUCCUUAGUUGUCCCGCAAAACUCCGAUUCAUUCAACAGAAAAUACAGGAACAUGCGGAGGUGUAGAAGCUUAACUGACAUUAAACGGAAUGUUGUUGAAAUUGCAUCUAGAGAGGUGAACAUUCGGGUACAUUCGGACUGUUGCAUCAACAGCGUCGGUACCGAUGUGAUGACCGAUUUAUUUGAAACGGCACACAUUUUAGGACAGGCUUUGGAAAGGCAUUUGAAACAGCAGGCCAGUGCUCUAUCUGUGUGA